CCUCAUGUUUUUCUGUUUCUGCACAGACGAAUAGCAUGUGUUUUACAAUGAAAACAUCUUGUGUACGAAGAAGAUACCGAGAAUUCGUGUGGCUGCGGCAAAGACUCCAAAGCAAUGCACUGCUGGUAGAAUUACCAGAACUUCCAUCUAAGAACCUGUUUUUCAACAUGAACAAUCGCCAGCACGUUGACCAGCGUCGUCAGGGCUUGGAAGAUUUCCUCAGAAAAGUCCUGCAGAACGCACUUUUGCUUUCCGAUAGCAGCCUCCACCUCUUCUUGCAGAGCCAUCUGAACUCCGAGGACAUUGAAGCGUGUGUUUCCGGGCAGACCAAGUACUCGGUGGAAGAAGCAAUUCACAAGUUCGCCUUGAUGAAUAGACGGUUCCCUGAAGAAGAUGAAGAGGGAAAAAAAGACAAUGACGUAGAUUACGAUUCCGAAAGUUCCUCCUCUGGGCUUGGCCACAGUAGCGAUGACAGCAGUUCACAUGGAUGCAAAGCAACCCCGGCGCUGCAGGAGUCCUGAGGGGGAAUCCCAGGGCUGCCACCUUUGGCACAAAACUGUGCCCAGCCAGAGAGAACGCUUGCUCACAGUAGAUCCUUACCUAAUGCCACUGUCACUAUCCUAGGUAGUCAAAUACUUACAGUGGUGGGUUCUUAGUGCUAGUAUUUUUAUGUUGUCUAAUUUUAGCCAGGCUUCUGUAUAAAGCAGUAAGGUCUGUGAAUGCCAUACAACCCUUUAUUGCCAUAUAAGACUUGUAAAUACGAUCCUGCCCUCAAGUGAAGUGAGUUAUAUGCUGUAUGUAUAAAAACAUAAUCUAAUUGCUCUCAACUGCAUUUUAAAGAGCUAGGUGUAUCAGUAGCCUUUAAAACCGAGACAGAGCAUCCUUGCGAUGGCAAUGGGGAAGUCUCAGUAAACAGUGUGUGACUGGAGCCAGCGUACAGAGUCCCGGCACAGCAAACCGCCUCUUUGGUACGUGGCUCUUGUUCUGUGGAGACUGACCCCUACUCUGGAAAAUGCUUUGCUUUGGGGUGUUUGAGUGAAAUAUUUAAGAGUAUUUAAACUUUCCCAUAUGCUAUUUCACAUGUUAAUGGAGAAUAUGUCUUACAAAUAAAGACGUACUAAAAUAAUGUUUACAUCUUAGGGAAAACAUAGAAGAAGUGUUCGUAAUUUUGCUUAAAUUUGCCAUUUGUAGAUUUAGAAAUACACGUUCACUGUCCAAAAUCAGCUUAAACAUGGCUUCUGGCAACAAGUCAUUUUACCAUUGUGCAGUUAGAAUCAUAGCUUAUGAUUUAUUUUCUGACAUUUUAAAAAUGUGCAUUAAAAAAUCACGUAACUUUUGCCAGUGGGGGCUCCUCACUACAAAUUUUUAAGUUAAAAGAAGGUUUUUAUAAGAGCUAAAUUAUUUUUACCCAUAACUAUUUCAAUAAUUUUGGAGUGAAAGUCAGGUUGCUAAUGUCAGAGCUCAUAUCGGUGUUUUAGAAGCCCUUUCUUUUAAGGUAUCUACCUGAAGAUUGGCUUAAUUUGAGUAGAAUAGUUCUCUCUCUUUCUCUUCUUUCUCUUCCUCUUCCUCUUUCUCUUUCUCUCUGUCUCUCUCUUUGUGGCCCAAAGAUAGGAUGUCUUGGGUCCACUGUGAGCUUCCAGUUUCAGAAAAGCAGCAUUUUUCCUGGGUAGUUAGCUAAGUCCUCCCUGCUGAUGAAAAGAAGCUGAAAGAAAGUAUUUCCCUCUAAGUGAGACAGAUGACUUGUUGCUUUCACGGAAUGGCUCCCACUCUCACUAGGAGCAAAAGCUGCUGCAACAAGCAGCCAUUUACAUUGGGUGUUUAGUAGUUAUUGUGCUAAUCAAAAGUUAUUGAGUUGUCCUUGGAAAUGCUUGUCUCAGAGAACUGGUAAAAAAGAAACAGAAACAUUAAAUUUGGCGUAAGAACAAUUUCUUUAUACUUUCUCCUUUUUAAAAAUCCCAUGUGAAACAUGAAACUUCUGUAACGGUUUUGUUUCUGUUCAGUGUCUUCCAUCUUGUCCUCUAGUGUUAAUUUAAUGCAGGAAGAUUUAGCAGCUGUUUCUCUCACUGCAUGGGAAGUUCUAGGGCGAUUCCCACUCCUCAGUAGUUAUGAAUUUGCAGCAUUUAUGGUUUACAUCAUUUUUGAAAAGCAUAUACUAUGCCACCAGUUACCCUACUAUUUAUUGAUGAGAUGAUGUAAUCAUUGAAGUUAAUAUUGAGUGAUGCUUAAUAUUUGCUCUGUAAACUUCAUGACGUCAUUGUUUUCACAUUAAACAUGGAAAAAAACGUUGUUGGAUCACUUAUUUUACGUAACAGAAUAAUUUCUACAGUCUCAGACCUAAAUUCAGUGUUUUUAAAAUUCC